AUGCAGACUGAAUUUGUGAAAGAGCAUGAUCAGGGAACCUUCCAUAAUUCCAGUGGGCAAUUGUUCUCUAUUCCUUCGGCGCCUCGAUGGUGCGCCAGGGGAUCCCAAUAUGCUGAAGGAGAAUCCUUUGGUCAACUAAGGCAUUCAUCAAUGGAGCACUACAGCGGUAGGAAUCAACUUGCUGCCACUAAACAGGAGAAGCAGGGAACAGAGCAAGGAGCAGAACCAGGGAAUACAGCCCAAUUCGCCAUUUUUCCGGGCAAAGAUUCAGGGGAGGGGCAGAAAGCUCACCAACUUCAGGAAGCCAUUCCUAUGCAUUCAAAUCUGCAGCCAGGUUAUCAAGCUAGCAUCGAGCUAGGAUUAGGUCAACCGAUGAUCUGUACAAAGUAUCCUUCCAUUGAUAAUAGUUAUGGAGCAUUGUCAACCUAUGGACCUCAAAUCAGGGGUCGCAUCAUGCUGCCAUUGAACCUAACAGAUGGACCAAUAUAUGUAAAUGCUAAGCAAUAUCAUGGAAUCAUCAGGCGUCGGCAGAGCCGUGCAAAGGCAGAACUGGCAAAUAAAGUUUCAAGAGCUCGUAAGCCAUAUAUGCAUGAAUCACGUCAUCUCCAUGCGCUGCGCCGACCAAGGGGUUGUGGUGGCCGCUUCCUGAACACAAAAAAGUUAAACAGAGGGACAGGCAAUAAUGAGACAAAGAAGUCUGGAAAUGAAAAAAUUUCUCAGACUAAUGGAGCUCAGAAUUCAGUAGUUUUGCAAUAUGAGAACGGGAAUUUGAAUUUGUCGAAGGAAGCAAAUGGCUGGAGGUCAAACCUUUCAGGGUCGGAGGUGAGUAGCAAGCGAUUGUACUCCAUGGAAGGCAUUGAUUGCUUCUCAUUCUCAUUCAAUCCCCUCCGGCCUUCUGUUAACUCUAUUGCAGACAUGAUCAAGAACGAGCAUAGUAUUGUUAUGCCUGGAAAGUGGGUUUCAGCCACAGAUCACUGCUACAACCUUAAUGUCUGAUGGCAAGGAAACAAGAUGGGUUGGUAUCAUUCCCUGUAAUGGUUGGCCGUUGAAUACAACAGGUUUCCACUGGAAGGAUGAUCCUACCAUGCACCAUUUUCUUGGUAUCCAGGCAACUCAUUCUUGGCUGAUCUGCGUUAAGGUCAUCUCAGCCAGCCAUUGUAGCCUGCCUCAUGAUGGCUCUGUUGAAGUUUGAUUCUUUUGUAUGGAUUUCAAAAUUUUUGGAGAAGAAUUGUAAUGUGAAACUCUUUGUUAUUGUGUUAUACAG